ACCUUCAUCUUCCCCUAUAAAUACCACUCCUUUCCCCAACCCGCCUCCUCACAAACCCUAUCUCCUCCUCCUCCUCCUCUCUCUCUCUCUCUCUCUCUCCCUCCCAAAUGCUGACUGCCACACAUUCCUAGAUACAAAAGCCCUGACUCUGCUGCCAUUUUUUGGUCUGCCCAAAUGCUUGAAUACCCCAAAAGAUAACAUUUUUGAUUCAUUUUCAAUCCAAAUUCUGGGUUUUGAUUUUAUCUAUAUUUUAGUAUAACCCAAUAAUAGUUUCUCUUUAUUGAUCCCAUUUUAUUUUUGGGUUCUUCACAAUCCGGCCAUGGAAGCUGGGAUUUUGUUGCCUUUGCCGACCUCCUCCUCCCCUCUCUCUCAUCCUCCUCCUCCUCCGUCUGUGAUUCUAACCCAGGACGAGUUGAAGAAAAUCGCCGCCUACAAGGCCGUCGAGUAUGUUGAGUCCGGAAUGGUCCUCGGCCUCGGCACCGGCUCCACCGCCAAGCACGCCGUCGACCGAAUCGGCGAGCUUUUGAAACAGGGGCAGCUUCAGAACAUUGUAGGAAUACCCACGUCGAAAAAGACCCACGAACAAGCCUUGUCUCUUGGAAUUCCGCUGUCGGACCUCGAUUCCCACCCUGUUCUUGAUCUCGCGAUCGACGGCGCCGACGAGGUCGACCCCCACCUCAAUCUGGUCAAAGGCCGAGGUGGGUCCCUCUUGAGGGAGAAGAUGGUGGAGGGUGCCUGUAAGAAAUUCGUCUGCAUCGUCGACGAGUCGAAGCUCGUGAAGCAUGUGGGAGGCAGCGGGCUGGCGAUGCCGGUGGAGGUUGUGCCGUUCUGCUGGAAAUUCACUGCCAAAAAGCUCCAGGACUUGUUCGAGUACGCGGGCUGCGUCGGAAAGCUAAGGACUUUCGUCGAAAAUAGCAAGCCUUUCGUGACGGACAAUGGGAAUUACAUUGUGGAUUUGUAUUUCCAGAAAGAUAUGGGGGAUCUGAAGGCGGCUAGCGAUGCGAUUUUGCAGCUUCCCGGAGUUGUGGAGCAUGGAAUGUUCCUUGACAUGGCCACCACUGUGAUUGUUGCAGGGGAGCUCGGAAUCACGGUGAAGAAUAAGUAGCCGGAAAGGCGAAUUUGGUGGUAGUUGGAGAUGGGUUUCUAACUUGUUACCGGUAGGAGUAAUUUAUAUAGCCUUGGUUUCCAAUCGAAAUGUGGAAGUUCGAUUGGGGUUUAUUGUAACCAGGGAAGUUUUCUUCUCCUAGAGUUGGUUUAUACUAUUUGUUUGGGAGGGUCUCCUGACGUUUUGAUAUUUUCUUUGAUCCAAUUGAGCAAGAAAUAUUGGGAAGUUUGGAUGAAUGACUGCCGACGGUUGUCAUAUUGUUUUGAUAUAAACUCAGCCUCAUUAUUCAUGGAAUUCUCUCACAUUUUACUAAUAAACACAUGUUGAUUGUAUUUGUUCA